GGCAGGAGAAGAUGCUUUGAACUGCCAUCUUCCCCCUGGCUGGCAGAGCUAUAUGUCUCCGCAGGGCCGCAGGUAUUAUGUGAACACCUUCACAAAUGAGACAACCUGGGAGAGGCCUAGCAGCGUGCCUGGGACUCCGAAGAGCCCUGGGACACAGAAGAGCCCUGCAGUGAAUGGCUACCACGUCUCUGGGACUCCAGUACAUCAGGUGGACUCCACUCAUAUGAGCCUCCGAAAAACCACUGGGGAAACUCAGAGCCCCGGGUCCCCGGCCGCGCCGCGGAGGCAGAGCAAGGAGAGCAGCCUCACGAUAAACUGUGUGACCUUCCCCCACCCUGACRUAAUGCCAGAGCAGCAGUUGCUGAAACCCUCAGAAUGGAGCUACUGUGAUUAUUUCUGGGCUGAUAAAAAGGAUUCACAAGGGAAUAAUACGGUAUCAGGAUUUGAAAUUCUUCUUCAAAAGCAACUUAAAGGGAAGCAGAUGCAGAAAGAAAUGGCAGAGUUCGUGCGAGAAAGAAUAAAGAUUGAGGAAGAAUACGCGAAGAACCUGUCCAAACUUUCUCAAAACUCCUUGGCUGCUCAAGAAGAAGGAACACUGGGGGAGGCUUGGGGGCAACUGAAGAAGAGUCUAGCUGAUGAAGCAGAGGUUCAUCUCAAAUUCUCCUCAAAGCUUCAGAGCGAGGUAGAGAAACCCCUGCUCAACUUUAGAGAGAACUUUAAGAAAGACAUGAAAAAGUGUGACCAUCAUAUUGCAGACUUACGGAAGCAUCUGGCCAGCCGCUAUGCAGCAGUUGAAAAGGCCCGGAAAGCCUUGACAGAGAGACAGAAGGAUCUGGAAAUGAAAACUCAGCAGCUGGAGGUGAAACUCAGCAACAAGACAGAAGAGGAAAUUAAAAAGGCCAGACGGAAGUCUACCCAGGCAGGAGAUGACCUCAUGCGCUGUGUGGAUCUUUACAACCAAGCCCAGUCSAAGUGGUUUGAAGAAAUGGUGACCACCACUCUGGAACUUGAGAGACUAGAAGUAGAAAGAGUGGAGAUGAUUCGGCAGCAUCUUUGCCAGUAUACCCAGCUGCGGCAUGAGACAGACAUGUUCAACCAAAGUACAGUAGAGCUUGUGGAUCAGUUGCUCCGGAAAGUGGAUCCUGCCAAAGACAGAGAACUGUGGGUAAAAGAACACAAAACUGGAGAUAUCCGACCUGUGGACAUGGAAAUAUAGACUGAUCUAUAGUUAUAUGUGAUGGGUCCACUGAAUUAACCAGGCUAAUUCUUUUCUUUUUUAAAAAAAGAGUCAGAAGAGCACAGAGAGAAGGUUUUUCCACUACCAGACACCUUGUAAUUUAUGCCUGCGCAGGCUAUCUCUGUUACAUUUAGUCAUUCAAAUGGUCCUCAUUGUGCUAAGCCUUAAGCACCAAACAUUCCAAGGGUUUAGAAACCAGAUGUGUACUUCCUACCAGAGGUUCCCAAUUGCACGCAGCUUCCAGAAGAAAUCUGCUUUCUGGUACAGAGAGCUGUAUUCUUCAAAGACUUUGUGCUACAACCCUUGCAUGACUCUUUUUAUAUAGUUAUGUUAGAACAACCAUGCAAUGAGCCUCUGGCUCUGAAGUAGAUAACUGUUUGAACACGAUGCAGGAAGCAAGGAAGUCCUGAAUCCCAGGUCUGUCACUGACUGCUUACAUGGCCAUAGGCACCUCAAUUAACUUUUCUGACUUUUCAUCUAUAAUAAAAACGCUUCUCACAUUAGUGCUGUGAGGAUGCAUUUAUUUUUUAUAAUGCAGUUUCCCAUUAUGACAGUGAAAGGACGACCCUUUUCCAAAACAGAAAAUAAGGCAAAAGGCAAGAGAGAAAACUCACGUCCUUCCAGUUUUAUACUCCCCCUCAGGGAUGCAUAAGCCCACUAGUAUAAUAAUUUUUGUUCCAGGCUAAUUAAUAUUAAGAUUGAAAGUGUUAUCACUGUUACUUAUGAGAAGGAGUUGGUUAUGCUAUACCUACCUCAUUAGCUGUCUGAGUGCCCUCAAUGGCAGGAAGAGGUUAUUUACCAAGAAAUAAGUAAGAUGUUCAAAACUUUUCCUGCUUAUGCAGGAUGUUUUCCCACAGUAUCUUUUCUUGAACACAGUUUUUCUUAUAUUUUGUUUAAAUAUAAGAUUUAAACUGGCCUUUGUUGGUUCCUUCAGGUGAAUAAUCACAGCCUUCAGAUGCCCUUAAUUGCAAAGUCACUGCUGAGUUCUUGUCUGGGUAGACUGUGAGUUUUAAUCUUUUUAUAGCUUGAUUUUCAAAUGUGCCAUGUAUCCAUGAUUCUAGAUUGCGUCAAAUGUAGAUACAGRUGCCUUCUGCACUAUCAGAUUUUUAACCCCAGAGUUUUUCUUGUUACCCUUACUGCAAACUACCAAGUAAUCACCUCUACUCUUGGCACAUAAUGUUGUGUAGUUCGGAGAAUCAUUUUGCAAAGCCAUUUGUUUUCUUCUCCCACUGUUACUUGUUAUUUAUUGUUGACUGUUGCUGUUGAUACAUUUUCAGCAUUUCAGAUGGUGUCAAGAUUCUCAAGAUUCUUGCUUUAUAUUCAACAGAAACCUUGAUUCUCACCACUGUGGCCUUUACUCAGUGUUUACUGUUUUGUCUACAGUUUCCCAAAGUGUAUUAUUUGAUUUGAUCCACAAUCAUGCUGCACU